CUUAACUUUCUCUCUCUCGCACACACACUUUAUGGUCUCAUGAUAAUUCCUGCUGUCGUUCCUGAUACCUGCAUAAGACUUUUUCUUUCACAGACACACAUCUUAAAGAUGGUCUGGAAUCGUGCGGUUCUGUUGGCACUGGUGCCCAUCACAUUCAUUCUGAUUGUGCUGGCAGGGGUUGAAAGUGCUGCCGUGAGAGAUGGAAAAGACAGUGAAGAUAAAGGAUCAUCUAAACAUAUUUUUGUGCCAGCGACUGACGCCUCAAACUUCUUCAAACGUCGCAGUCGCAGGUCCCUGAGACCUUACGAAGAGUACUAUGCGGAGCAGAGAGUGAAGAUGUCUGGAAAUGAGAGGAGGAGAGAGUAUUUAGAGGAGCAGACCAAUGAGUACGAGAACUAUUUAGAGGAGGAUCGUAACGAGCAGCAUGAGAGAAACAGAGAGAAAACCGAACAAUGGAGAGAGUAUCAGUAUGACGGGAAUUACCCACGAUACCCUCACCAUCGCUACUAAGCCGAGCACACGUGACAGUCCUCGAGCUGCUCCAUGUGGUUGAAAAAUAAUCACAAGUUAAUGUGUAAUUAUUGAAUCAUAUAAGAACUUAAGCAUUUAGAUACAUUAAUGCAGAUCCGUUCUAACCGUGUUAUAUCAUUUAUCUUAAAUGUUACGCUUUCUUUAUGGGACUUUAUACUGUUCUGACAACACUUUUCUGAGCUUCAUCUUUCCAGAGGAACUAUUUCUUUUUCGGAUAUUUAAAAAAAGCCAUCAUCUGUACUGUAUAUGUGUGUGAAUAAAAGUACUUUUCAUUGUC